GUUAUUAUUUUAGCUUUAUACUUUUAUAACGUAUGAGAAAAACGCGACGAGGAUUAUUGAGCCAUUCAAUAAUUUAUUAUCCAGUUUAAUAACUGACUUAGCAAAGUCAAGUUAUUAAUAGAAAUAUUAUUUCUAUUAUUUACUUGGAAGUCGUGAUCUAAUUCCGAAUCAUAAGAACGAGUUAAAUUAGAUAUUUAAUUCGUAGAGAGUUAUAACGAAGCGUCGUUAUUUAGUAGAACCCAAUAUUAGUUUUACAAAUACUUGAUUAAUUAAUAUUAAUCAAGCUAGAUGAUUUUUUUUUAUUAGUAACCUCAAUUCUAUUUACUUUACCAUCAUCAUUAUUCUUUCCACUCCCUAAUGUCUCCUACACUAUCAACAUACCAUAGCAUAAUUUAGACCUCAAGCAUGAAGCAUGUAUAUACGUUGACCACAUGAGUAACAUCAUAAGCCUCUUUCAUACAUAGCAUAAUCAAUCAAGAAGACAACCAAAUCAAUUAGCAAAAGCAAAAGCUCUUCAAUCACCAACUCCACUCCACCAACUCCACUCCACCACUACACUCCCACACCCACCUACUCCCUCCACUUAAGUCAUUUGGCUGAAACAUAUCCUCACACAACCUUUAGCCCCACUAAGAAGAGUAAAAGCCUCACUUCCCCUCCAUAUUCCCUCCAUUUUCGUCCCUCCUCCUUUCCUCCACUCUCACAACUAUUCUCCCACCAUUAUCACACUCCAUAGAAGCCCUUGAUGCCCCAAGAGAAGUAGCAAAGCAAGGGAGAGCGUGGAAAAACUAGGGCGUAAAGUUAGAGUGAAGGUUGUGCUUCGAGGGUCCGGGCGACAGAAAGUGAAGCCGAAGAAGAAACGACUCCACGCCAGCUUUAAGAACAAUUGAGGUUGAGCUGUGAUGGGCGAUGAAGUGUUGCUGAGUGGAGUUUUUGUCGAACUUAAAGUAGGCUCAGAAAGGAUACAUGUCUUCAUACAUGUAUCACAGUUAUGCUUUCCGCUGUAAACACUGAUUAUUUCAGUUACGCCUUCCGUUGCAAACUCUGAUAAUGUUUUAGCCAAGCCCCUAAUGAUGCCUUUUUCCUUUUAAGGAAUAUAACGCGUAUACAAGUUCUUUGAGUACCCUUUUUAUGCGACCUAUGCCUUUUUCCUUUUUAAGGAAUAUUUCACGCGUAUUCAAGUCCUUUGAGUAUUCUUUUAUGCGCCCCUUUCUAAACCCGCUUCUUAAUUUCCCUUCCCCAGUCAUGGUUUUCCCGGAUUAAUUAUCCUUAAUUAAGGCCGGUCGUGACAGAGUGGUAUCAGAGCAGAUCGUUUGCUCUGAGCCUAAGAGUUUAUUUAAGCCAAACUUAGAAUGGAUCACUAAAGUGUCUAGAGUUCAAUCGACAAAGCUCAGCACUUCAUCGUAUCACACUCAACGAAGCAGAAUGAAUGCCGCCUAAGAGAGGACGCCCUGCGAAAAACAAUAACAAUCGCAGAAACCGUAACGCUGUACCCGAAGAACCACAAGAUGCUCGAGGACAUAACCCAUCCCCUCCGCCUCCGACUAGGAGAGUCGAAGAACUCUUUUUAAGGCAAAAUCCACCUACGUUUGACGGAACGAGUGAACCGGCUGAAGCUGAGAUUUGGGUGCGUGCAAUGGAACGCAUUUUCAACUUUCUACGUUGUACUGAUGAGGAGCGCCUAUCUUGCGUCUCUUUCCAACUAACAGGAUCAGCUGACUUCUGGUGGGAAGCACGUCGAAAAAUUCUGACACCGGAACAAUGGGCAAUCUAUACUUGGGAAGAUUUUAAGACGGGAUUAUAUGAUAAAUAUAUCCCGAAAAGCUAUAGGAAGAAGAAAGAAGCUGAGUUCUACGAGUUAAAGCAAGGAAAGAAAUCUGUGGUUGAAUACGACAAGGAAUUCUGCAACCUGUCGAGGUUUGCUCCACAACAAGUGGACACAGAUGAGAAGAUGGCAGAAAAAUUUUGUGCCGGUCUACGGUACGAAAUUAAGAUGGCUCUAGCAAGCCACGGAGGACUCUCAUACACGGAGUCUCUGAACAGGGCACUUGACAUUGAAGCUGCAAUGCCGUCAGACAAGUCUGCCCCACCAUUGAUCUCAACGCCAAAUGAUCCACCAGUAGCCUCACAUACUCUCAAAGGGAAGCGCAAGUGGGACAACAACGAAGACAAUAUCAAUCAGACUAGUAAGAAAGUGUGGCAAGAAAAGGAACGGGCCGAACAAUUUAUUCAACCAAGGUACGAGGCACGAACUAACCUCGAGUCAACUGGGGGUAGCCAAAGUCAGAGAGGAAUUUCACCUUGCCCAAAUUGUGGUAAGAUGCAUAGGGGUAUCUGUCGAGCUGGAACUAACGGUUGUUACAAUUGUGGCCAAAAAGGUCACUACUCCACGCAAUGCCCCAACAAACAACGAGGUUCAGUAAUUGGGAACACCUGCACCCCCUUGCCAGCAAUACGUGGACACUUGCGAAAUCAGUCUCAAUCACAUCAGUGAAAAUCUUAUGGAGACACCGCAGACAAGAGAAGCUACGCGGGAACUUGAAGACAAGAUGAAGGAAAAAUACCCCGAACUGUUUUAGCAGAGAUAUGCAAAUUUCGGGACGAAAUUUUUGUUAAGAAGGGUAGUAUGUAGUAGCCCGCUCUUUUAAUUAUGAGUAAAACUAGUAAAUGCAAUUUUUAUAAAUGAAUCCAGUUUAUGGUCCUGAUUUUUUUUUUUAUCAGAAACGGAGUUAUUAUUUUAGCUUUAUACUUUUAUAACGUAUGAGAAAAACGCGACGAGGAUUAUUGAGCCAUUCAAUAAUUUAUUAUCCAGUUUAAUAACUGACUUAGCAAAGUCAAGUUAUUAAUAGAAAUAUUAUUUCUAUUAUUUACUUGGAAGUCGUGAUCUAAUUCCGAAUCAUAAGAACGAGUUAAAUUAGAUAUUUAAUUCGUAGAGAGUUAUAACGAAGCGUCGUUAUUUAGUAGAACCCAAUAUUAGUUUUACAAAUACUUGAUUAAUUAAUAUUAAUCAAGCUAGAUGAUUUUUUUUAUUAGUAACCUCAAUUCUAUUUACUUUACCAUCAUCAUUAUUCUUUCCACUCCCUAAUGUCUCCUACACUAUCAACAUACCAUAGCAUAAUUUAGACCUCAAGCAUGAAGCAUGUAUAUACGUUGACCACAUGAGUAACAUCAUAAGCCUCUUUCAUACAUAGCAUAAUCAAUCAAGAAGACAACCAAAUCAAUUAGCAAAAGCAAAAGCUCUUCAAUCACCAACUCCACUCCACCAACUCCACUCCACCACUACACUCCCACACCCACCUACUCCCUCCACUUAAGUCAUUUGGCUGAAACAUAUCCUCACACAACCUUUAGCCCCACUAAGAAGAGUAAAAGCCUCACUUCCCCUCCAUAUUCCCUCCAUUUUCGUCCCUCCUCCUUUCCUCCACUCUCACAACUAUUCUCCCACCAUUAUCACACUCCAUAGAAGCCCUUGAUGCCCCAAGAGAAGUAGCAAAGCAAGGGAGAGCGUGGAAAAACUAGGGCGUAAAGUUAGAGUGAAGGUUGUGCUUCGAGGGUGAGUUUUCUUUGCUUUUUCUCAACUGAAAAUGCUUUAUGGCCAUGGAUUUUUACACAUAUGUGUGCUAAAUUAUGUGAGGAUAUGUUUUAUGAUUUUGGAUGAUUAUUUUGGUAGAGUUUAUUGGGUGAAAAACCGUGCAUGAGGUAAGGCAGCGAAUCUGCCAUAAGCACACUGCUCCGACAGUGUUUUGCAAGGCGAUUCCAGCCAUCCAAAAGGUUCCCAAAAAUUCCCAAAUUAAUUGUGUAUCAUCUUUCAUAUGUUUUCUAUACUUUGGCAAAAUUUCAGAAGGUUUGAAGCUCUUAUGAUUUAUUUAUGAAUUUGUAAACAUCACUGCCCAUCUGGAAUACAUUUUUGGUAAACAAUCUUUGGGAGGCCAUAAGUAAAGUUUCAAUCGGUGAAAACCUUUGAAACUUGAAUAUGUCACUCUAGACUCCCGUAUCUUUCUUUUGACAUCGGCCUCACCAUUUUUGAAUAAGGGAAACAACCGGUAUAAAUUCUUGAAAUCUAGUUCUUAUUCCUUGUACCAUCCAGUAGAUUUUACAAACCUACGACUUUGAGGUGGCAAAUACCGACUUAAAUCUUUGAUUCUCAAGCCUAUCUUUCUACUGAAUAUUCACUGACAUGUUGGGAACUUACUUGUUCAGUUUUAGAAUUUUUGGUGAAGCCUAAAGUGGUUUUUCCGAUUUAUGUUCUGAAUCUGCCAAACUUGAACUCUUUUUGUGCACUGAACUUUAGAUAGUCAUAUCUUCUAAACCAUGAAUGUUCUUAGAGUAAAUCCAACUGGAGAGUGUUAUGAUCUCUCCCUAGUUUCCAGAUUGACCCUUGGGGUUCCCAGUGGAGUUUUGUAAAGGGAGAUAUGAAUUUUUAAAGAAAGCCCACUGACUUGGUUGUAAUCUGGAAAUCUGAAAUUUUCAGAUUUUUGCUAGUUAAAUACCCAUCUUUGAGAGGGCAUAUCUUGCUCGUUUGAAUUGUUUUUCAUUCGAUUCAAAUUGGAGAAUGAUCCUUGAAAUGUCUAGUUUCCAGAAUGUCUUUUGGAGCCUCAUUUGGAGAUCCGAGGCAGAUUUGGUGUCUGUUGCAAAACAACCUCUUAAGAGCUCAAGUUGUUGAAUUAUUUUCUAUGUAUCAAAGUUUAUUUUAAAGGAUGUUUCAUGAAAGAUUUAGUAUAUGUGCGUAACAAGUUUGGGAAUAUUUAUUUUAAAUGAGGUCCGUUCUUUAUUUAAAUUAUGAUGGACUUUUAAUGAAUAUUUUUGGGAUUAAACUCUUAUUUCUGGAUUUAUAUAAAUUAUUUUUU